AUGCCGCCACCAAAGAAAUCAAUUAAAAAGAAAAAAGAGACAACAGGAAGAAGAACAUUUUUUAAGUAUUCUCUGCAUCAAGUCCGAAACGCUUUGAAUGCUAUUCGCAGUGGAACUUCUAUUUCACUGGCAAGUAAAACUUUUGAUGUUCUACGUACAACAUUGAAACGGAAAAUUAAAAACUCUACGCUAGAAACAUCGAGACACAUGGGUCCUCCUCCAGUCCUUGGCUCUUACAUCGAAGAAAAGUUAUCUACGUGGGUGAUUGAAACAAGUCGAGUGGGCUUUCCAAUCGAAAAAAUAUGUUUACUUUACUCAGUAAAACAAUUGGUCGAUGCUGAAAAUUUAUUAACUCCUUUUAAAAAUAAUCUCCCUGGAAGAGAAUGGUUUGAGUCAUUCAUGAGAAGACAUCCACAUUUAUCACAGAAGAAAGCCGAAUAUUUAAGCAAGGUGCGAGCGACUAUCACGGAAAAUUCUAUUCGCAACUGGUUUGCAGAUACUGAAACUCUGGUUGGAAUUAAUAUACAAGUGUUACAGCAUCCUCGUCGAAUAUUUAACAUGGAUGAAACUUCAUUCUUUCGCCCCAAAGGUGGAAUCAUUCUAGCGAAAAAGGGAAAAGCCUCGUAUGAUGUGUUUUCUGCAAGCGAUAAAGAAGCAAUCACGACAUUAUUUGUCAUUAACGCCGAAGGAGAAAUUGCACCACCUUUGACUCUCUACAAGUACGUACGCUUGACUAAAAACUGCAUAGAAGCUGUUCCUCCAGGGUGGGGACUAGGAAAAAUCGAAAACGGUUGGAUGGAUAGUGCAUCGUUCUACGGAUACAUUGCAAACAUAUUUCACCCAUAUCUAUUAGAACAGAAAAUCCCUCUUCCCGUCAUAGUCUUUUUGGAUGGUCAUGUAUCACAUCUCUCACCUUAG